CAGGUUAAACACAAAACAUAUAAUAAUGUACUAGCAGGCAGUAUAUUUGUGAUAAAAUAUAAACAAAUAGAUCAAUCAGGCAUGUAAUGUUAAACUGGUAUGAGUAUUCAUUCAGGCAAGAUGUAAAAAAGAGCUUUAUAACUACAGUGACUUUAAAAAUGUUGCCCUUUUGAAAUAUUUAAAAACAUACUCUAUCAGGAAUUAUGCAACAUAGUAUGUUUUUUCCUAUCACAUAAAUCACAUUUUUUUCCUUCAGCAGGGAGGGAGCAUUGGAGUUAGACCCAGAUGUGCCAGGACCAUCAUCAGGAACUUCUUAUUCAGCUGAACCUACAAGUACUGAAGCAUAGAAAAGAGUUGGAGAUCCACAGAAGGCUGUUGAGCGGUUUGUCAGACAACUCAAGGAAGUAGGCGUUAACCAGAGGACACUUGUUCUCACUCUGGAUGCGAUGGACACUGAUGAGGAGCGGGAUAUGUCUCUCAUUUCUUUUUAUAAGCACAAGCGUGAGAAAAUUCAGUGGGCAGCUCCUUUUCAUUGUCGCAUUCAAGGCGAUGCUGCAGUUGGUAGAGGCGUGACAAGACAUAUCAUCUCGUCUGCCAUUGCCAAGCUGAAACAAGGAUUUAAAAUGAACUUCGGAAAUGACUACAAUGUUUGAAGGGGAAACUGAUCACCUUGUACCAACUACUUCAGCAGUGCUUGCUGAGAGCGAGCUGUUUGUCAUGGCUGGUCGGCUGAUUGGCCACUCUUUAAUUAAUGGAGGUCCAACCUUGUCGGGCAUCAGCUUGGCAGUAGUGCAUGCCUUGACAAGUGGUUCAAAGGAGUUGGCGACAACAUACCUUUCCCUAGAGGACUGCCCCGAUAUUGACCACAGAGAGAUCAUUGGUUUCCUGCUGAAAGAAGAGAUGACUGAGGAAGAGACUUCAAGAUUGUCCAGUCUGUGCAUGGAGUGGUAUUUUCCUGCACCAACCAAGGACACAAACAAACUGCUCCUAUUACAGCAGCUCCUCAACCAUGCUGCCAUCACUCGACUUAGUGUGCAAAUAAAGCACCUGAAAAGGGGACUUAAAGAAACGGGUAUCUGGCCAUUAAUUACAUCCAGACCUGAUGUUGUGCCACUCCUCUUCCCUAGGGACAGUGAAGUCGAAAUCACACCCCAGAUGGUCCUGCAGUCAAUCAUUUGGCCCCAGGUGAACCAAAGUGAUGACAGUGAUAAUGACUUAGAAGCAGAAACUACACAGGUGACGGGGCUUUUCCGUCAGUUUCUCGAAGAAGCAUCUUCAGACAAUCUGCACCAGCUUAUGAAAUUUUGGGUUGGCUGGGAGGUUCCAUGCCAGGAGCUGAAGCUUGAAGUUGUGCAGUCGACUGGACCAAACCACAUGCCCACUUCAUCUACCUGCAGUGAACGUUUGCGCCUUCCAAGCCACUACACUACCUACCAGGCUCUGUAUGCCGACAUGAUGUUAUGUCUUAAGUCGGUUGAGACUGGCUUUGGUCUUGUUUAGAAAUGUUAGAGUUCUUAUGUUCAAGAAAUUACUUAUUUCAAAUUUACAUAUGUUCAGAGUUUGAGUCAGCACUGUUUGUACAGGCAGUUUUAAAUAUGAAACGUUAAUUGUUUUUAUGCAAUAUUUUACGAAAUGUACUUCGAUGAGUUCAUAUAUGCUUGAUGUAUUAGAAAAUAAAUUACAUAAGACAAACUUAA